AUGAAUCCGAAUCCGACUCGCCAGCGCAAGACGUCUCCGUUCCCCCCGAUCGCGAGAUCCGAAUUACCCCUUGAAAGCUCUUCAGAAAAACAAUCGACCCUGCUUUCUUACGAGGAGCUGCCGGAAUGGUAUCAAGACAACGAGUUCAUUCACCAUGGGUAUAGACCGGUCUCGAGAUCAAUACGCGCAUGCAUUUCCAGCUGGCUUGCUCUACAUACCGAGACCGUCAACAUAUACUCCCACUUGAUUCCAGCCAUUCUAUUCACUUUUGUCGAGGCCGGUGUCUUCAGGUAUCUCCAGAUCAAGUACCCUCAAGCGACACUCGGCGAUCAGUUCAUCUUUGCCAUAUUUCUUCAAUCGGCGACCAUAUGCCUUGGGUUCUCAGCCGCAUACCAUACGUUAAUGAACCAUUCCCAUGCUGUUUGUGGGCUGUGGUUACAAUUUGAUUUCGUCGGAAUCAUUGUUUUGACCAUUGGAAAGUUUAUCUCGGGGAUCAACAUGACUUUCUACUGCGAGCAAACUUUGAAACAGGUUUACUGGGCUAUGAUUCUCACACUCGGCCUUCUAACAAUUUCGAUCUUGUUGAACCCCAAGUUCUCAGGUCGAAACUGGCGUACCUUUCGCGUUUGCGCGUUUGUUGCAACAGGGCUUUCCGGAUUUGUGCCACUUGCUCAUGGUAUAAAGAUUUUUGGUUUCUCCCAGAUGGCCAAACAAUCUGGAAUGCCAUACUACCUUGUCGAGGGCAUCCUUCUCGUACUCGGAGCGGUGGUAUAUGCGACGAGAGUUCCUGAGUCCUUGAUGCCUGGGAAGUUCAAUAUAUUUGGCUCCUCCCAUCAGAUUUUCCACAUCUUAGUGGUCCUCGCCACUGGAGUCCAUUUCUUCGGGAUUCUAAAUGCGUUCGAUUACAAUUACCAUCAUCGAAGUUGCGGCCUUUCGUGA